AUGGCUCUGUCAGCAUCGCACGCGCUGACGUCGCGAGACAGCUUCUUCCGCCCGCGCUACCUCAAUGAGGCACCGGUGCUGAGCGAGGCGGAGGACCUGCCGCACCUGCGGGAGGUGCUGAGCGAGGCGGAGGACCUGCCGCACCUGAGGGAGGUAGAGCUGUGCGUGAACGCGGACCUGGUGCACGUGGAGAACAAGUACGGCGCCUUCCUCUCCCAGCCACACCUCACCUUCCGCCCCCAGCUCUUCUCCUCGCCGCUCUCCGACCGCUCUGCCGCGGGGCCUGGGCGGCCGGGUGGAGGGCGCGAUGGGGAGGACGAUGAUGCGGACGUGGAGCCGUACCUGGAGAACAGGGACCCGGACGACGAGGUGGGGAGGCGUGUGGGGGAAAGGGGGGGGGGUCGGGUGUUUGAGUACGUGCGUCACUAUGGGGGCCCACCCAUCAUGGCGUACGAGCCUCUGUUCAGCUGGGAGACGGACAGAGCUGCUGUCAUUGGCCAGCGCAUGCCCAUCAAGCCCAUUUCCCCUCCUCCACCCACUCUGUACUGCCCCUGUUCCCCUCUCCCCCCAGCAGGAGAGGGCACGCGCUUCUCUGUGCGAAUACUCUCAUUCAACGUACCGGCGGGUCUCGUGGAGCCCUUGACGAAUUUUGAGCCGCCUCAGAAACCCCACCCACCCUGUACUGCCCGUCUGUUCGCCCCACCCCCCAGAGGCACACGCUUCUCUGUGCGAAUACUCUCAUUCAAUGUACCCGCGGGGCUCGUGGAACCCUUUUAUGGCUCCAUCUGUUUGUAUCACACUGAGAAGAAGGAGAAGGUCUCAGAGGACUUUCACUUCCAGUACCUGCCUCUCUCCUGGGACGGGGAGAGCACGCCCCCCGAGCUGAGGGCGAUAUUCACGGUGGAGAGGGAGGCGGCUGCGCUGUGCCUGCUGGUGCAGGUGGAGCGAGCUGUCACAGAGGAAAGCAUCAACGGCGUCAAGGGCUCUGUGUACACGCGCAAGGACCCUCCCGUUUUGACAGAGAGAGAGGCAUCCCGGCUCUCAGAAUGGGCACAGAGCAUGCCGUUCCGCGAGGCCUUUGCGUUCGCCACCAUUCCGCUCUUCGACUCUGCCGGCACAGGCGGCACCACCGGCUUCGGGAGCAGCAGCACAGGGGGGGGCACUUCCGGGGUGCUGGGCGGAGCAGCAGGGGGAGGGGCAGGGGAGGGCGCAGGGGGCCCUGGGACGCCAGGGUCUAGCAGUGGGGCGCUGGGGGAAGGGGGGGCUGCACCACGGUAUGAGCUGGGAGGGCCUCUGCUGGUGGAUAUUCCGUGUCUGCAGCGCGUGAAGGAGUGCUAUACUGAGGACCAGCUCUUUGACCCGAAGCGCAAGGUGCACAAGCCAGUGCGCAUGACCAUGCAGGUGGAGGUGGAGCGGCUGCCGGGCAGCACUGCUCUCUCCCACUCCGCCCAGGCGGGGCCUGCAGGGUCCAGCCAGGCCAUGGGUCACACGCGGUCAAUGGAGUCAAUGGGGUCAGACGCGGAUGAAGUGGGCGGGCUCAGUCGCACCUUCUCCAUCUCCCGCCUGCUCAACGGGUUCCACGCGUUGGACUUCACGGACAUGACACGAGCAGAGCCGUUCACACAUCUGGAGCAUCUGGCGUUUGUGUACCCGCACAGUGUGACUCUGCCCAAGAAGCUCAACCUCUUCAUGCGCCUUGAGCUCCGUGACGACGACACCGACCUCCAGUCCUCACGCCCGCAGCUCGAGCCCACCUUCCCCAAGGAGAGGGAGCAUGCGAUGCAGCGAGUGGCGUCGUCACAGGUGGCCAUGAGCAUGCACCCUCUUUUCCCUCCUCUCAUCUUUUCCCCACCCGUUUCCCUCCCAAACACCACUCCCUCCCUUCCACCACCGCAGGCCAUCUUCCCAUGGGAGCGGGAGCAUGCAAUGCAGCGAGUGGCGUCGUCACAGGUGGCCAUGGGCAUGCGCCCAUCGCUCUUCCACGACGAGUUCAAGAUCCAGCUACCUGCUGUGCUGCGCCCCUCCCACCACCUCCUCUUCUCCUUCUUCCACAUCGACCUUGCUGUCAAGGCCGACCGCCCCAAACCGGUAGUGGUUGGCUACUCUGUCAUGCCUCUAUCAGCUGUCACCCAGCCGUUCAAGGGUGAAAUGAAUCUGCCCAUACCCAAGGAGCUGCUACCAAAGUACCUGCACGAGAGCACCAAGGGGAAACACGUGCCUCUUUUCCCCCUCCCCUCCCCCCUCAGGUCAUUCAAGGGCGAGAUGAACCUGCCCAUGUCCAAGGAACUUCUACCCAAGUACCUGCACGAGAGCACCAAAGCCAAGCUGACCUACUGGGAGGAGGGCAAGCCCGUGUUCCGCCUGCGCACGCGCCUCUUCUCCUCGCUGCUCCCCCUCUCCGACCGCCUGCGCGACUUCUUCCGCCAGUAUGACCGCCACGUGCUCGAGGCUCCCCUGCCCCGGGAGGAUUUGCUGGAGUCGAUCAAUGGGCUCAAGGGCGUGGAUACGGUGGUGCUGCUGCAGUUCCUGUACCCGCUGCUCAACAUGCUGCUGUGCAUGAUUGGGAAUGGCGUUGAGACGCUGCAGGUGGCGGCGUUUCGAGCCACCGUGAACAUUGUGUCCAGGGUGCAGGCGGAGCUGUCCCCCAACGUGCCGCGCAACCGUUUCCUGGUGCACUUUGUGGACUUUGUCUUUGACGACCUGGGCCGCCAGCAGCCGCCCGUCUACCCCGGCCUCAGCAACGUCUGGCGCUCCCUCGCCCGCAGCAAGUCCCGGGGCUUCCGAGUGGGUCCGGUGUACAGCGAGGCACUGACCAUGGCAUGGUUUGUGCUGGAGCUGGUCGUCAAGUCCAUGGACCUCGAGCUGGCUCAGGUUCCUCAAGGCGAUGAGAUAGCGCGGCUGAGGUUGGAGGACGAGGUGUUUCUGUGCAUCCGGCAGCUCUUUGAGUGCCUGCUCGUCGAGGUGCAGGACAAGGCCGACUCCGACUACCCCCUCGCGCGCCGCCUCACCAACUCCCUCGCCUUCUUCUGCUACGACCUCAUCACUGUCGUCGACCCGCCUCAAGUGUUCGAGCUGGUGGGGUUGUUCCUGUCACAGCUAGCAGGCAUGUGUCCUGCGAACCAGCACUCCCUCAAGCUGCACUUCCUCCGCAUCCUCUGCGACCACGACCUCUUUGUCGAGACGCCCGGCCGUGGUCCCACUGAAAAGAACUAUCUGUCGACAGUGCUGGUGAAGGACCUAUUCACAGGCCUGAACCAUGAUGACCCCAACCAGCGAGCCACGGCAUCGCGCAUGCUCACCUUCCUGCUGGCCAAGCAUGAGUACGACGCGCGCUACCAGCAGGCGGACCUCAAGCUCUACAUCUCGCAGCUCUACUUCCCCAUCGUCACCCAGGCUAAAUCCCAUGGUCUAUCUUAUCCUCAUUUCCCUGCCCCUGCCCCCACUCUCAUGCCCGUCCUCCCUCCGCCCCAAUUUCCCCACCAGUUAUUAGACGACCCGCGUGUGUUCACGCGCCUGGGGGUGCUGCAGAAGCGGCAGGUGGUGGUGGCGGUGCUGGCGGUGCUGCGGCAUGUGGACAGCGAGACGCUGCUCAAGGCAUGGAAGCACAGUGCCCCGCGCACACAGCUCUUCUUCUCGCUGCUGCAGGAGUCACUCUUCCUCUUCCAGUAUACGGGUCGGACGGGAGUGAGUACGGGCGAGCUGGGGGCAGUGGUGCGCAACCAUCACAGCCUGGACGGCAAGGGGCGCAAGGGCGGCAGUGAGGGGGAGCUGCCGCCCUUCCCCCUCUACUCCGACCGGGUCUCUUUGUCCGCCAAUGACUCACUUGACAGCAUGGCGCUCGCAGAUUCCAAGGGGAGUGGCGAGCGGGAGCAGCUGGUGCGCAAGUACAGCGGUGUAUCCUCCACAGUCGCAACACCACCGCCUACUGCCCGCCCGCCCGUGCCGCUGCGGGAGGAGCUGAGGCGCGCCCGGGUGGCGCCGCUGGAAGCCAUGACCAUUCUCAGACAAGGCUUGCCGCCCGUUGCUUCCGAGAAGCUGGCCAUGUGGGAGGCCACAAUGGCAGGGUGGGUGUCACUGCAAGUACUGGAGGUGCUGGAGCAGUUCAGCGACCUGGCAGCAGAGGGCGCGGUGGUCACGGACCAUGACACCAUGGACUGCCUCACUGGCCCCAUCUCCGCGCUUCUCAGCAUGCCCCAGCCGGUGUCGUUCUGGGAGGUGUUUGUGCCGGCCUUUGCAGAGAUGCUGCGGCUGCACGGCCGUGCAAUGCUGGCGAGCAGCAAGGCGAAUGACGCGCGCCUCAAGGACAUGUUUGGCAACCUGCUCAAGCGCCUCAUUGUGAAGCCCGAGUUUGUGCGCAAGCGAGCACUGCUCUGCCUGCUGCUGCUGCUGCGGACGGCCCUGCUACACAUGGGCAAUGUGCACCACCUGCGGGUCAUCCUCACAGUCGCCCUCUCCGAAGUCAUGAUGCAGCUGCGCCUGCUGCAGCGCGGCGCCAGGCCCGGGGAGAUCACCGAGUCUCUCGAGGUGGAACGGCUGCGCUUCUCAUUGGAGGAGCUAGGCUCGGAGGAGACGUGGUUCGGGUUGCUGGCAGAGAGCGGGCUUCCGGACAUGUGUCUGGAGAUUAUGGUAGGGGAUGAGGAGGCGGAUGAGGCAGAUGAGGAUGAUGAAGAGGAGGAUGAGGAGGAGGAUGAAGAGGAGGAUGAGGAUGAUUAUGAUGAGGAGGAUGAGGAGGAGGAGGAGGAGGAGUUUGAUGAUUUGGAUGAGUAUGAUGGGGAGAAUGGGAGGAGGAGGCGGCGGAGGAGGGGAAGGAGGGGGAGGAGGAGGGAGAGGAGGAUUCGGGACCGGUGGUCGAGGAAGAAUGUGGAUGAGCUGCAGGACAUGCUGCUCACCGUCGUGGACGCUGCUUCACAGCACGAGCAGCUGGUGAGGGUAGUGGGUUUCCCCUCGCAGAUGGAGGGGCUAAAGACGUCCAACGACCGGUACGCGAUAGUGGAGAGCUACUACAUCCUGGCGCAGGCAUAUGGGCGCGUGGCGCGUCUGAGACGUGGUAUAAUGGAGGGGCUGAAGACGUCCAACGACCGGUACGCGAUAGUGGAGAGCUACUACAUCCUGGCGCAGGCGUACGGGCACGUGCCGGACCUCUACAUCAUGUGGAUGCUGCACCUCUGUGAGGCGCACCAGGAGAUGAGCCAGUGGGCCGAGGCUGCUCAGUGCGCUGUGUCCGUGGCGGGGGUGGUCAUUCGGGGUCUGCACGCGUCCACCACGAGGGAGUGCGCGUGGGAGGCCGAACACCUGGAGCUCCUCUGGCGGGUCUGCCCUCUGGCCCGCCACCAGUGGCGUGCGCGCCCCUCGCGCCCCUCCGCCCGCCCCCGCCUCCCCAACAGCGCCUCCAAGAGCGGUGCGGGCGGGGGCAGCGCGGGCGCGGCAGCAGGGGGAGGGGGGGAGAGUGACUUUGGGGCGACGUGUCUGAACACGGACAGCGCGGUGAAGUACCUGCAGAUGGCGUCCAGCUUCUUUGCCAAGGCCGAGCUCUUCCACUUCUGCGCUGAAAUGCUCUCCCUCACCAUCCCCGUCUUCCGCUUCCGCCGCGACUUCUACCAGCUGUCCAAGUGCCACACGUCACUCUCAGGCAUCUAUGACAACGUGCUGGCUCAGGAGCAGAACCCAAUCCCCUUCAAGGACGCAACAUACUAUCGAGUCGGCUUUUAUGGGGAGCGAUUCGGAUACAUUGAUGGCAGGGAGUUCAUCUACCGGGAGCCUCGGGAGGUACGGCUGGGAGACAUCAUGGAGAAGCUGAAAUCGCUCUACGACGCACGCGAGCCCGACGAGGAGCCCCUCCACGUCAUCCAGGACUCUCGCCAGGUGGACCCCGCUGCCCUCAAGCCCGGCUUCGUCUACAUGCAGAUCACCGCCGUCGAGCCUGUCGUUGGGAUUGGCGACGACCGCUGGCUCGGCCGAACCAUCGACCCAGCCGUGGCGGGAGCUCCGGUGUUUAAUUGCUUCUUUUUUGACACGCCGUUCACGCCAAACGGGAAGCAGCACGGGCGGAUGGAGGACCAGUGGAAGAGGCGGACGCUGGUGUACACCCAGAGCACGCUGCCGAGCCUGAUCAGCCGGCAGCCGGUGGUUCGGUCAGAGGUCCGGGAGUACUCGCCCCUGCAAUGUGCCGUGGAGAUUAUUGAAAACAGGUCGCAUGCACUAGAGAUGGAAAUGGCGAGCCAGCUGGGAGCUGCGGGAGGAGCAGGGGGGGGAAUGGGAGGAGGGGGAGGAGGGGGACGUGUGCCACAGGACCCAGCAGCAGUGACAGCACUGAUCGCAGCAGCUGCAACAGCCGGCGGGACACUACGGCUGCCCCGGAUACAGACACUGCAGCGGUUGCUGCAAGGGAGUGUUGCGUUGCAGGUUAACAGCGGGGUGCUGGGUGUAUGUAUGGCUUUCUACGAGGCCAAUCCUCAUGGCCAGGAGCCGAGACCCAAGGACCCGUCGAAGCUUCAGUCACCGUCGGGUGUUGAGACAUUGACAGAUGCGAUCGUGCGGUUUGUGGUGGUGUGCAAGCGAGCGGUGGCGGUGCACGGGCGGGCCGUGACAGAAGAUGAUAGGGAUUUCCAGGAGCAGCUUGAGAGGAGCAUGGAGGAGCUUGAGAGGGAGAUUUCACCCUUCAUUCCAGUGCUUAGGAAAUGA